GAGCUGUUCAACUCUGUUUUGUUUUGUUUUGAAGAAAGAAAAGUUUUACACUCAGCUCCUAAACCUUAACUUGUCACAGCAGCUACUGCAAGCCCUGUGACACUUAGCUGGGGUUGUCAUUACUCAGACUUGUUAGCCUUGGAUGUGUUGGUCCUACGUUACCCUAGAGAUCAUUUGUGACUCAUGCUGUGGAAGUCCAGGUGUGGGAUGGGGGGACCUCCUAAGUCUCUGUACAAUCUGAUGCUUUAUAAAGCCACACUGUAAGGUGUAGGAUAUGGAUGAUGUGGAGUUUGGCUGGGUGUGUGGUUUGUUUGGUUUGGAAAUUUUUUGGUUGUUUGGCUUUAAGGUAUUUUUAAUAAGUUUCUGAAGGGAGGUAAAGGAAGUUAUAUUUCUAGAGUCCUGUUUGGCAGUGUUCCAGACUAGCAGAGAUAGAAAGAGUUGGUAAUAGUGAGUGGCUUGUUCAAUUGUAGCUGAAUUCAUCUAGUCUCUUUGAUGCUGAGAAAUUACCUGCAUGUAAUUUGCAUGUUGUAUCUUUGCCAGAGGCCAAAAUGUUAGCAGGGAAGGGCGUGUAUUGGGAGAAGCAGUGGAAAAAUUACAGUGAGUCAACAGGGUUGAAUUUAGGCCUCCUCACAAGGGAAGCCUCGUUUAUUAAGCAACUUGAUCUCUUCCCUGUGAGAUCAUAUGUGAAAAACAGGUUGAGCCAUGUUUGAGGGAGUUGCCCUGUGGAAUUUGUAGAUAAGGAUGCUUUAUACCUGCAUGUGCCUGAGAGGUCAGUUACAUUCUGCGGCUUCCAGAGGGAACGAGCCUCCAGAGGAGUACAGUUAUUCCAUUUUUCUUGUGACCCAGUUAUCACUACUGAGACCACAAUGGCUUGGUGGAAGGCCUGGAGCGAAGCAGAGGGCAGGUCCGUGGCAGGUACUUUAAAUUUUAACGCUGCACCUGAUGCUCAGAUUCUGUACAAGGCCAUGAAAGGGCUUGGGACCGAUGAACAAGCUAUAAUUGAUGUCCUAACCAAGAGGAGCAAUCUGCAGCGUCAAGAGAUUGCUAAAUCCUUCAAAGCACAGUUUGGAAAGGAUCUGAUUGAAAGCCUGAAGUCUGAAUUGAGUGGCAACUUUGAGAGGCUCAUUGUAGCACUCAUGUACUCCCCAUUCAAGUAUGAUGCCAAGGAGCUGUAUGAUGCCAUGAAGGGUGUGGGAACGAGGGAAAGUGUCAUCAUAGAGAUCCUGGCAUCUCGGACAAAGGCGCAGAUCAAGGAGAUAAUCAAGGCGUACAAAGAAGAAUACGGUUCUGAUCUGGAACAAGACAUAAAAUCGGAAACAAGUGGCUACUUAGAGCAGAUUCUGGUUUGCCUUCUUCAGGGUGAGAGGGACAAUGCCACCCUCUAUGUGGACAAUGCCCUGGCUCUUCAGGAUGCAGAGACCCUCUAUGCUGCUGGAGAGAAGAUACGGGGCACUGAUGAGAUACAGUUCAUCACCAUCCUGUGCAAAAGGAGUGCCACACACUUAAUGAAAGUGUUUGAAGAAUACCAGAAACUGGCUGGUAAGAGCAUAGAAGACUCUAUCAAGAGUGAAACUCGUGGUUCACUUGAGGAUGCCAUGCUGGCUAUUGUGAAAUGCACCAGGAACAUCCGUUGCUACUUUGCAGAGAAGUUGUACAAUGCUUUAAAGGGGGCUGGCACUGAUGAUGGGACUCUGAUAAGGGUGCUUGUUUCUCGAAGUGAAGUUGACCUAAAUCUUAUAAAACCUGAAUUCAAGCGUAUUGCGGGAAAGUCUCUCUCCGCUAUGAUUUUGGAGGACACCAGUGGCGAUUACAAGACAGCCUUGAUGAACCUCUGUGGCAGUGACUGACAGACUCUAGGAGGAAGAUGUUGAAAAGGAUACAGAGAGAAGAUUAACAGUGAACAAGGGUCUGAAAAUGUGCUUGUAGAAAAUCUCUCCAUUGAUCCAAAAGGGGGUGAAAAGAAGAUCAAAUUAAUGGCUGAGGUAUCCAAAGCUCUCUGAAGGAUGUGGAUGCUCAUUACACAUUGAAUGCUAUCCACUUCCCAAACAGUUUUUCAAACACAAGGGGGAAGGUUACUUUCUUGUUUCCAUUUUAUUCUUUGACAUUUUCCUUCUAUUUUAAUCCAUUGUGAAGGAUGGCACUUUGACAUGGAAUUAAAGAUUCUUCUAAAUGCUCUAAA